CUAAAAAUAAAUCAUUUUUAUUUACUGAGUCUCGAUUUUCCACAUUCCCCGUUUAUUCAUCCGAGUUUGUUGUUACACACAGAAACACACAAUCUCUCUCCCAUUUCACUAUAAAUGCACCAUCUGAUCACUUCCUUUCACCAACCUUUCAUCUCAUAAUCCCAAUUCUCUUCGAUAAUCAAUCAAAGUUCGAAUCGUGAUCCUUGUUGCUGUAUCGGAAAAUGGAUAUCGAUUUGUCACCGAAAAUGCCUAAGAAGUCAUACGGAGGUGCCGGAGGAUCGUAUCAUGCAUGGUGCCCCAAUGAACUCCCUAUGCUCCGCCAAGGUAACAUCGGUGCCGGUAAACUUCUUCUCGAGAAAGGCGGUCUUGCUCUCCCUCGCUAUUCCGAUUCUGCUAAGGUUGCUUACGUUCUUCAAGGCAAUGGAGUCGCUGGCAUUGUUCUCCCGGAGAAAGAAGAGAAAGUCCUAGCAAUCAAAACAGGCGACACCAUAGCCCUCCCUUUCGGUGUAAUCACAUGGUGGUUUAACAAAGACGACACAGAGCUCCAAGUCCUCUUCUUAGGCGACACCAAAACCGCCCACAAACCCGGAUCCUUCACCGACUUCUUCCUAACCGGAUCCAACGGCAUCUUCACCGGUUUCUCAAUGGAAUUCGUCUGUCGCGCAUGGGACGUAGACGAAUCCACAGCCAAAUCCCUCGUUGGUUCCCAAACCGGAAACGGAAUCAUCAAAGUCGAUUCCGGAGUCAGGAUGCCGGAACCAAACAAAGACCACAGAUCCGGAAUGGCAUUGAACUGUUUGGAAGCUCCAUUGGAUGUCGACAUUAAGGGUGGUGGUAGGGUUGUUGUUUUGAACACAAAGAACUUACCUUUGGUUGGUGAAGUUGGAUUAGGAGCUGAUCUUGUGAGGUUGGAUGGGAAUGCAAUGUGUUCUCCUGGAUUCUCGUGUGAUUCUGCUCUUCAAGUCACUUACAUUGUGAGGGGUAGUGGUCGUGCUCAAGUCGUUGGUGUUGAUGGGAAACGUGUUCUUGAAACAACUGUGAAAGCUGGGAUGUUGUUCAUUGUUCCUAGGUUCUUUGUCGUUUCCAAGAUUUCUGAUAAUGAAGGGUUGGAAUGGUUCUCCAUCAUUUCUACUCCCAAUCCGAUAUUUACUCAUAUGGCUGGAAGAACAUCGGCGUGGAAGGCGUUGUCACCUGAGGUGUUGCAGGCUUCGUUUAAUGUGAGUGCUGACGUGGAGAAGACAUUCCGUUCCAAGAGGAUGAACAUUUGUUAUGGAAGUGGUGAACUUAUUUUAGCAGUAGGGGUCUUAGUUCGAAACGCCUUGGUUGGCGACGGAGAGAUGGGUGCAUUGAAAUCUCUGGAGGAGGACUAUCACAUAAUCGACGCCAACUUUCUUCAAUUCUGUGCAUCUCGAGGCAUUUUUUCCGUUGAAGAUUUCUUAGUUCAUGAUGUGUCCAUGUUGAUGGCUUCUGCAGACAAACUCUCUAAUUCAGAUAGAUUAAAACAGGGUAUCAACCAACUUGUCUUGAUUACUGAAACCUACCAUCAACCAUGGAUGAAUGGUUUGAUGUUAUUGGAAGAUAGAGAACAGAAUAAACAUUAUAUAUCAACAGGAUCUGAAAGCUUUGAUGUGUUACUCCAAGGUGGAUUGCGUGAGGGACAUGUAACAGAGCUUGUGGGCCCAUCAUCAUCUGGAAAAACACAAGUUUGCUUUCAAGUUGCCUCAAAUGUGGCUUUGAAGAAGGGUAAUGUCGUCUUUUUUGACUCGGGAAACUCAUUUUCUCCUACACGGAUUAAACAAAUGGUUACCCAUAUAUCCGGUUCAGAGGAGAAUAAGGUGAAUGGAAGUGUUGAAGAAGCAAUGAGACACAUAGAAUGCCAUGCGGUUUUCGACAUAUAUACCCUGCUAGACCUUCUUCAUCAACUAAAAUUAAAUUUAAAAUCUCAACCUCAGAAAAAGUCAACAGACCUGAUAAUCAUUGAUUCAAUAUCAUCACUCAUUGCUCCAAUUCUAGGAGGCAGUAACGCUCAAGGACAUGCAUUAAUGGUUUCUCUUGGAUACCUUCUCAAAGACUUAUCACACCAACACAACAUCGCAGUUUUAGUUACAAAUCAUAUGGUUAGUGGAGAAGGGGGUACUUUGAAACCUGCUCUUGGUGAGAGUUGGAGAAAUAUUCCACAUGUUCAGCUACAACUUUCUCAACACCAUACAACAACCAACAUCUAUGGUGUCUAUAUACUUAGGCACCCUUACAUGGCAUCUGGCAGAAGUGUGAAUUUCAUGAUUCCAUGAUAUUUCAUAUAGCAAGAAGACUCAUGCGCAUAUGGUUUCAUAUCAUUUUCCAAUUGCAUAGAAAGACAAAUAUAAAAAAAAAUAUAUAUAUUUGUUAAUAAUCGUAUCAAUAAUUUAUGGUGCAAACUACUACUAUGUGAUGUAGCUGUCAUCUCACAUCGACAUCCAUCUCAAGUCGCUAGUAGUUUACAACUAUGUUACAAGCGACUUCACAUCUUUGGGAUUUUUCUAUUAAAUCAAUGAUAAUAUAAUUUUAUGAUAAUAAUGAAUUAUAAAAAUAUCAUUUUUUAUUAGACAAGAUGCCACAUCAACAUCGUAUGGAUGCCAUGUGGACGAACUGUGGUAACUAAGGACCACCCAUACAUAUAAAUCAUGAAAUAAAUGUUUGGUUCACGGAGUUACACGAAUUGAUGAUUGUAAGUUGUGGUAUAAGAAUUAAGAACGGUUUGCUAAUAAUUAUAAGUUUAUGUCUAACGUUUUUAAAAUAUAAGAACUCAGAGCUAACAAUGAAUGUUAUAUAUUAAUAAUUAAUAUAAUAGCAAAUUAUACAUGGUUAUUGUCUAUAUGUGCAUUAUAAUUUAUACCAAUUGGAAUUUUUAAUAUCCAUUUGUAUGAUAUUCAAUUUUUUGUCUGCAGGUUGCACCUGUCUUUUAUCUGU